GUUAACACGCCACCAAUAGCAGGUGACCAAUUACCAGUAGAAACCCACAGGGACCAUUAGAGUUUCCAUUAUAACCAGUAAAACCAUUACAAAUUCUGUGAUGGAUUCUAUUGUGUGUUUGUUUUUUUCAGCAGGGCAGAAUGCAUCGAUGACCUGAAAUAGUGCAUGAUGGAAACUCUUGUGAUGCGCGGCAGUGAAUGCGCAGUGGUUUGCGCGCUUGAUCCGGCUGAAGAUCAGAGGGUUAGCGCCGUCUGGUGUCGGAUGAUCGACUGACGCUCACCUGCUCAAUCACUUAUUCAGAUCAUAGGAACUUUCGCAGCGCGUCACGGAGUCAUUCGCGAGCGUCCGUGCGCUGCUACAGCUCCUGCAGUGGACUGACGAGAACUUCUGAAGCCAUCAAGAGUUUUAACGUUAAUAGGAGACGCUUUGUGUUUGCGCUGCACUCCGUUCCUCGAUGGAAUGGCAUUUCGGAAUAUGAGUGAUGCGCCUCGGUGUGUUCCAGCGUGUGUUUGGAGGCGGAGUGACUGACUGACAUUCAUUCAUCACAUAAAAGGGAAGUUGAGCCGCUGAACACCAGAAACUCUUCUGGGAUCGAUCAUGAAUGCGGCGAAGGCGCUGAAAAACGCGCUGGCGUGUUUGGUGAUCCUGCCGCGUUUUCUGGUCGCCGCGUUCAUGCUGUGGUGUCUUGAUUUUCUGUGCGUGAGGAGGAGAGUUUUGUUCCAUCUGAGGAGUGAGGAGGAGGACGAGGACCCUCCGCUGUGCAUCUCCGACAGCAGCCGCAUGUUCAGCUGGGAGUCGCUCAAAGCGGUUUUCCACGGACACAAGCUGGACUGGAUGAAGUCCGCGCGUCUCGGCCGCGACGCGCCCAACAGCGAAGUGGUUCCGCUCGCGGAUCCGACGCGCAGACGCGUGCUGGACUUCGCUUGCGCUCAGAGGCCGCUGCUG